GGGAUUCCCCAACAAAUUUCCCAGCGACAGUCUGUUAUGAUCAGGACGCCAUUAAAACUGAAACCACGGAAGGAGAUUAGAAAACAGCAGCUCAGGAGAGACAUCUUCCAACUUGAAGAUGACCUCUCCAGAGAUUGGUCAGCGAGUUGUCCGAAGCUCCGAGUGGUCUUGGAGAGAUCAAGAUGGCGGUGAAGGCCAUCUUGGGACUGUGGUCAAGAUGACCGACCAGGAAGCCCCUCUUCAUGGAUGGACUAGGGUCCGGUGGGAUAACGGUCGAUGUAACAAAUAUCGGGUUGGGACAGGUGGAACUUACGACCUUCUGCUCUUUGACAGCGCCCCAGCAGGCGUUGUCCAUUCCAAGAUUACAUGUAGCAAUUGUGAGGUGGAUUCUAUACAUGGUAUCAGAUGGAAGUGUUGUGAUCAUAGCUGUACAGAUGUCAACCUUUGUACCCCUUGUUAUAUGACUGACAAACACGAUUUGACGCACAGAUUCACACGCUUCAACAGUCAGAAUGAAACAGGAAUCGUUGUUACGUCUCGUUCCGAAGAAGAAAAAACAACUUCGAUGGGACUGUGCCCUGAAGCCCAAGUUAGCCGAGGAGAGGAUUGGCAAGGAGAAGAAAGUGAUGGCCAAGAAGGAAAUGUAGUUGAAGGUUGCGCCAUAUCUGGCAGACCACGAUCAGGUGUUGCUGUUAAGUGGAUAGACACUGGGCAGACAACAACGCAUAGGGUAGGACAUGACGGAAAGGUAGAUCUGAAAUACACCAAACCAGGACGUGGAAUCGAUUUCUAUGCGUCACAUUUACCAUUUCUAGGCAAAGAGCAGGGCGUGAAGGUUGGCGAUCGAGUAGCAAUGACCUUGGCAGCCAAGAGACUACAGGUCAUUCAAGAGUCAAACGGAUGCAAGUGGUCGCCUAGAAUGCACAACCUGAUCACAAAGGUUGCCGUGGUUACAGGCAUCAAUUCCAAUGGAAAUGUAGAGAUAUCCUAUCCAGGGAGAGAUGACCACUUCAUCUUGCAUCCAGAUGCGUUAAACAAGGUUCCGAUUUUUGAAAAAGGAGACCGUGUAGGCGUUCAGACAAACAAAGAGUACGUAAAGGAACUCCAGGAAAACAGCAAAAAUGGAUGGGCAGAUGGAAUGGAAAAAUGCUUGGACAAGGAAGGCACAGUUUUACUUGUUGAUGAACAUUUUGACACAUGGGUCCGCUUUGAGUCACUAACGCCGGAUAGCUGGUGGCAUCCCUGUGCGCUAACCCUCGUGGAAAAGAAACCACACCAUCUGGGCGAUGGAGCCAAGUCCACCCAUAUCAAAUCUGAAACUACUGGCUUGCCCAAUGACGGCAAUUCUAUAGAAUCUCAGCUUUAUAAUGCGGCUAAAACUGGUGACCAUGAUCGUGUAUUGGAGAUUCUGUCUUCUUCACCAGAAAAUGUGAAUGGGAAAGUAAAUGAUAAGAGUGCCCUCCAUAAAGCUUCUGCUCGUGGUCAUCUAAAGGUUGUUAAGGCAUUAAUAGAGGCUGGAGCUGACAUAGAAAUAACUACAGAUGAUGGACAUACUCCACUGCAUUACGCAGUUGAUGGAGACGAGCCAGCAGUUGUAAAAUAUCUAAUUGAGAAAGGAGCUGACAUUGAUAGAGGUAGCACAAGGCAGAGAAGAGCGAUCCAUCGUGCAGCCUAUGGAAAUUUUGUUGAUUGCGCCAGAAUCCUGAUCAACCAUGGAUGUGAUGUCAACGUGCAAGACAGAGAGAAAGAUACCCCUCUUCAUGAAGCUAUCAUCACGAACAGCAUAGAUGUUGCAGAGUUGCUUUUGGCAGUUCCAAAGCUUGAUACAACUCUAACGAAUAAACGAAAUAUGCCACCAAUCCUGUUCGCCUCUCUAAAAGACCGUCCGGAAAUUGUUAGAAUGGUUGCACGGCACUGCCCUUCUUCAAUAGCUGUUCCUAAACAGCAUGGGUACAAUGUAUUGCAUAUCGCAGCGGUGAACAACCACGUUGAAGUCAUGAAGAUUCUCUUAGCUAUUGAGGAUCACGGACUGUGUAUUGAAACGAAAAACAGUGAAGGUCAGACGGCUCUGCACCUUGCCUCAUACAAGGCAUACUCGGAAAGUAUCGAGUACUUGAUUUCUCUUGGAGCAGACAUCAAUAGUCAAUGUCAUAAAGGCCAUAGUCCUCUUCAUCUGGUAGCCAGCAGAACAAGAAAACCAACAGAAAUCAAAGAAACACCCGUCCUUAAAAGGAUUCGAAAGAAAUAUAGAGAUAGAGGUGUCGGCGGUAACACUGGUGCAGCAUUGCUGUGUUUCAUGGUCCUACAUGGGGCUUCCAUCGAUAGUGAAAACGAGUCUUGUCGUACCCCUCUAUACUACAUCGAUGAUCCAAAACUAAAAAGAACUUUGAAGGAAAUUGCCCGUGGAGACAGGGAGGUUGACUUGAAAUCGCUAGAAGACAUGGUAGGAGAUGAAGCUUCAGAAACAGAAGACCUGACAACCAACGCGAUCUAUGAUGACGAUGAUGAUAUCCAUAUCCCACAAACUCCCGUGGACGAUCCAGCUGCCAAUGAUCAAGGAUCAGAAAACCUCGCCAGAACCAACAAGCCAAAGACCGGAUUGUUUGAGCUUGUUCACGAAAUUAAAGUCUCCGAUAUUAAAAUGGGAUCUGUGGUUGGAACUGGACAAUUUGGGGUCGUCCAUCGAGCAACAUGGCGAGGAACCACGGUGGCAGUCAAAAAGAUCUCUACCAUCGGGAGUAAAAAGGAUGAAGUCGAAAAGGAAGUUUCUAUCCACAGGCAAGCCACCCAUCCAAAUAUCGUGAAAAUGAUGGCGCUAGGUUAUGAGUGUACGGACGCCUACCUUGUUAUGGAGUUUAUUGAAGGGCCAAGUUUAGAAAAGAUCAUCUUCCCAGAUCGCGAUGAUCGAAAGAUUCAUCUAGACUGGUCCGCCAAGCUUGGGAUAUCCCGUGAGGUUCUCCAAGCAGUCACCUUCAUGCAUGCUAGCAAUAUCUUACAUCUUGAUAUCAAGCCGGCCAAUAUUUUGUUGGAGAGUGCCACCAACCGUCCCUUCAUCUGUGACAUGGGUCUUGCCCACAUCAAGAACCGGAACGCCAUGACUCAAUCCACCAUGCACAUCAGGGGCACCCCUCAGUUCAUGCCACCGGAGGUAAUUACUGCAGUGGCUGGGUACAAACAUUCUAGCAAACAUGACAUCUGGUCAGUUGCAGGAACACUGGUGGAGCUCUACUCCAUGAAACGUCUUUGGGGAGAUUUGUCUAGUCCGGUGGCCCUAUUAGCUCGCUUUAUGGCAGGGGGAAUGUGCAAACCCGAGGCUCUGGAAUUCGUGGAUCCAAAAAUCCAAGAGAUUCUUGGACCCUGCUUCAAUGAGAAGCCUCAAAAUAGACCAUCGGCGGAAGAGCUACAAAAUAAAUUUAAUGAUCUAUCUUAAAAAGGAAAUUCUAUGGACCUUCUUAUUCCUAACAUUUUAAUGAGAACAGUAUAUGGUAGCAAUAUUUGUAUAGAAAUUAUUUCUCCAAUACUAGUUUUAUUGUAAUGAUAUCGGUUAAUGGGUUUCGCCUGAUUGAUGCAAAGCUAGCGACAGCAUAUCUUGUAAGAUUCUUUUUAUAUCAUAGAAUAUUGUAACAUUAUUACUACAAUAUUCAUAAAUAGUGAAAAUGCAUUGAAGAUUGACAAAUAUCGUGCUUGAUUAUUACGAAUGUGAAAUUGAAUUUCAAGUUCCAUAUCUGUUUAAAUGUGUAAAACAAACAUAUGGGGCAAUAUUUCACAAGCUUGGUGAGUUAUCUGAAGAGUUAUCCAUGGAGUGCUUCCAUAAAAGAAAAACAAAGUUAGCGAUAUUUACUGACAAAUUUGAGCAAUUCAGAUCAAAUAAUCGUGGAAGUUUAUAACAAUGGUCAGUGAAAAAUUACUGUUUUGACCCAUUAAUUGCUGAAAUCAUUGAUCAUGAUGAAUACAUUUCGAAACGUUCCCCUGCCGCAAUGCAGUGAGCAGUUUGCUACGCGUUACCGGGGAAUUACAGGUCAAUA